GGCCAUUUGGGGCAGCUUGUGAGCUGCUGGUGUUUUGUGGAGUACUGGUGGGCUGCUGCAGGUACCUGAGGUUCUGCUGUGCUGGUUCCCCAUCCUGUAGGAUGAUCCUGUGUGCAGUAGUUGCAGUGGUUCUGUGCAUUUUUGUGCCUAGUGUACAAUCAGCCUAUGCCUGGUGUUACCAUGACAAAAGCUGCAAUGAGUCUCGCUGGACAUCCAUCGCUCUUUAUUGCAACGGCAGCCGCCAGUCUCCCAUCAACAUUGUGUCAGCCUCUGCCACAGCCAACGCCAGCCUGACUGACUUCACCUUCCAGGGCUACAGCAACACCAGUGCCAUGAACACAAUGUUGAACACGGGGAGGACAGUCAAAGUGACUUUGAACCAUGGUGUUAGGAUUUCUGGAGGGGGUCUGUCAGAGGCUUAUGACAGUCUGCAGUUCCACCUGCACUGGGGAAAUGGAUCCUCUGUCCCUGGUUCUGAACAUACUGUGGAUGGAAAGCCUUACCCCAUGGAGCUGCAUAUUGUGAACAGCAAGUCAUCUUAUAACCAGAACAUAACUCUUGCUGUGAAAGAUUCUGAAGGACUGUCUGCACUUGGUUUCCUGAUAGAGGAGCUGAAUGAUACCAGUGGCCAGCCUGCUAGCUGGAAAAUCUUGACCAACUAUUUGUCCAACAUCUCACAUGCUGGACAAUCGGUAUCACUGGCAGCAGCUGGUAUUUCACUGGAUGAUCUCCUGGUUGGUGUGAAUCGCUCCAAUUACUACCGCUACCUCGGUUCUUUGACCACCCCUGGCUGUUAUGAGGCUGUAGUUUGGACUGUGUUCAAGGAUACCAUUAAAGUCAGCAAAGAUUUGAUAAACCUCUUCAGCUCAUCACUGCAUGUCAAUGACAGCACAUCACCUCUGAUGGUUAACGUGUUCAGAAGUAUCCAAUCAGCACAGCCAGUCUCAACUCAGCCUAAAGCCAGCACCAGCUCUUCCACUAACACGAGUUUCUCUCUGGGUCUGAUGGUUCUCAGUCUCAUUCUGAGGUGGAUUUGAUAUCAUACAACUUAAGUUUUCUAAUGUAAUUGUUUUUCAGUUUGUGUAACGAAGGGUUAGUGUGUAAAAGCACUUGUACACCACUUUUUUUCUUUUGAAAUUGUAAUUUGACAUGCACUUUAACUGUACCCAAGUCUAAUAUGUAAAUCUUUUCUUCAAUGAYGUGUUGUGUUUAAAGUAAGUUUUUAAUAUGAGAAGUUAUGCAAGAACUCUUUAUGUCAAAUAAAAAACUAAAAUAAUCCUUU